AUGUGGAUGUUUUCUUGGCCUUGGCUUAACCUGGUGCUUUUAGUUGUUGCCGUGAUAGGCUUACUGGCCAAGACCACACCAUCGACCAAGUUUACCAAGAAACCUCCCGGAAAAGAUGUCCCAAAGGAUUUGAAGCCAUCCACCGGCCCUCCCAUCAAAGAAGAAAGCCCUUUUACUGAGGCAGCUGAGAUGGAGGAAGUGACCACCGAGGCGCCUACGAUGACCUCUGCCCGGAGGCCAGAGGCCACCCUCUUCCCUUUUGACAACUUCACUCUGGACACGGCCGAUUUCUUUUUUAAUUGCUGUGACUGCUGCCUGCCUGCCCCUGGACCAAAAGGAGAACCUGGAGAGCCCGGGCGGCCAGGUCCCAAGGGAGAGACUGGUGAUUUAGGGAAUACAGGUCUUCCUGGAAUUGUUGGGCCACCAGGUACAAAAGGCCACAAAGGAGAAAAGGGAGACAAAGGAGAAUAUGGUGAUCAAGGAAUAAAUGGAGUUCCAGGAUAUCCUGGGAAACCUGGAGAACAAGGUGGAACUGGUCCUAAAGGUGACAAAGGGAACAUUGGACAGAUUGGAAUGAAAGGACAAAAAGGAUCCAAGGGGGACACGUGUGAGAAUGGCACCAAGGGAGAUAAAGGAGACAGUGGAGAUAUGGGGCUACCAGGCUUAAAUGGAGAAACUGGAGUCAAGGGUGAAAAAGGGGAGAUGGGUGAUAAGGGAUUCUGUGGAGAUUCUGGAGAAAGAGGAGGUAAAGGGCAAAAAGGGGAGGCAGGAAUGAAGGGACAAAAAGGCAGCAAAGGAGACAUUGGGGGAGAAGGCAUCCCAGGCUUAGAUGGGCAACAUGGGACCCCAGGUGAGCCAGGAAUUAAAGGCGAAAAGGGGGAUCCAGGAUCUCCUGGUCUUAUUGGACCUGCUGGGCCAAAGGGAAAUCUUGGCAGCAAAGGGAGCAGAGGGACUGUUGGGAAAAAAGGUUCUCGGGGUCUCAAGGGCUCAAAGGGGGAAUGUGUUAGUGUCAAAAGAUCAGCAUUCAGUGCUGGCUUAUCUAAGCCUUUCCCUGCUCCCAACAUUCCUAUCAAAUUCGACAAGAUUCUCUAUAACGACCAGGGGGAUUAUAAUCCAGGAACUGGAAAAUUCAACUGUAGUGUCCCAGGAAUUUAUGUCUUUGCUUACCAUGUCACCGUGAGAGGCAGACCUGCUCGGAUCAGCCUUGUAGCACAAAACAAGAAGCAGGCCAAGUCUCGGGAAACACUUUAUGGCCAAGAAAUCGACCAAGCAUCUUUCCUAACGAUGCUCAAACUAAAUGCAGGAGACCAAGUCUGGCUGGAAGUUGGGAAAGAUUGGAAUGGAGUGUAUGUCAGUGGCGAGGAUGACAGCAUUUUCACAGGGUUCCUAUUGUACCCAGAAGACAACACUGCUUCUUCACCAUAG